AGUCGUCCGGUGACUGGACCAACGAUUGGUGGGAAAUUUCAAGAAUUUUACAAUUGAAUUAUACAAGUGAUCGUCUUCCCUAUUACAUUGUUUUAAGAGACCGUCCAACUGUCAAUUGUCUUAACAAUAUUUAUCGGUUGAUAGUCAAUUUCUAAACGUACAUACAUAACGGGGCGACCACUAACGCAUGACAUAUUAUACCGUCUUUCGGACGAAAAAUUCUACGAUAACUACCUCGAGAAGUAACCAUUAAACGCAGAGAUGGUUUUAUUAGGUGAGACGUUUCCAAAUUUCGUUGCCGAAACACAAUUGGGACAAAUUAAUUUUCACGACUGGCUAGGUGACUCAUGGGGGAUUUUAUUUUCUCAUCCGCACGAUUUCACGCCGGUAUGCACGACGGAAUUGGCUCGAGUAAUACAAUUGAUGCCGGAAUUCGAAAAGUUAGGAGUGAAAGUUAUCGCAUUGUCAUGCAAUUCGGUCGAUUCCCAUCACAAAUGGAUCGAAGAUAUAAAAGCUUAUGCUGAGACGGACACUAAAGAAUUCCCUUAUCCGAUAAUAGAUGACGAAAAACGAAAGCUUGCGACUUUAUUAGGAAUGUUAGAUCCCGCAGAAGUCGAUAGUAAUGGUGUACCAGUAACAGCCAGAGCUGUAUUUGUCAUUGACCCUGCCAAAAAGAUGCGAUUGUCAAUUCUGUAUCCUGCGACUACUGGACGAAAUUUCAACGAAAUUCUGCGUGUUCUCGAAUCGCUACAAUUAACAGAAAAGCACAAAGUAGCAACUCCAGUUGAUUGGAAGAAAGGCGAACCGGUGAUGAUUCAGCCGACGGUCUCCGACGACGAAGCGAAGACGUUGUUUAACGAUAUUAAAAUUGUAACGCUACCGUCGGGUAAGCCUUACUUGCGCGUUGUACCGCAACCGCAGUAAGAAUAAUACUUUCAAUGAUGGAAAAACAAUUAUCUUACAAUGUAUUUUUCUUUUAAAAUUAUCAAAAUCGAUGUUCGUAAAAAUUAAAGUACAAAUUCGAUAAUAUAUUAAGUUUUGUUCAAUAUAAUUGCGAUAUCGUAUCCUGCGAAAUACAAUUAUAGUAAUAAGCAUAUCCUUUUAGUGCCUUGACAAUUGUUAUUAUAUGGCAGCUUAUCAUUUCGGAAAGUACAAUCGGACAAUUCUUUUUUCAUCUCAUAUCAUUUAAAAUUUCUUAUCGAUAAGGUCGUGACGAAAAUAAUCGAAAAUAAUACACCUAAAAAUUCUGCAUUAUGUUCUAAGUAUUCGUCGUUCGUGUUAUUAUCUGUGCACAUAUUCUCCGCUGUCUAUAUUAACAAAAUUUAUAUAACUUAUUCAUCGACGAGUAUGUUUUAUCUAUACGUCGUUAGAGGUAUACAUAAUUUAUCAAAAACAAAGAUUCUAAUGUUGGCAUUUGCAAACAACAGAAAAAGCUGUUUAUUGUAUCACCUAAUGUAAUUAAAAGUACACUGUGUUAUA